AAUAAUCCAUUUGCGUCAGACCCUACUCUUUGGUCUUAGUGGAGCGUAACUAUACCCCACUCUGGCAACAGAGUGCAUGCAUGUGUGGUUACAACGGUAUAAUAAUAUGCCCACUUGUAUCUCCAAUCAUUGGCCAGCCCAAGCAUAAAUACCCUGCAGAUUAAUCCAAACAGAGAACUUCAAUCGUGAGACUCAGGCUUUAGACAAACAAAGCAGUGGGUUGGGGACGAGCUACCCAGCUAGCAAUGGACACAGCAGCAGUGGCUGCCGAGGGGGAGGAGGAGAGCGUUGGGCAGCAAGAGAAGGUGUCCUUCAUGGGGAUGUUCCGGUACGCCGACGGCACGGACCUGCUGCUGAUGCUGGUCGGCACGGUGGCCGCGCUGGCCAACGGCGUGUCGCAGCCCCUCAUGACGAUCAUCUUCGGUGACACCCUCAACGCCUUUGGCGACGCCACCGGCGAUGACGUCCUUCAGCGGGUCAACAAAGUGGUUCUAAAAUUUGUCUACUUGGGUAUCGGAACAGCAAUCGUCUCCUUUCUUCAGGUGUCAUGUUGGACACUUACCGGUGAAAGGCAAGCGACACGCAUUCGAUCUCUAUACCUCAAAUCUGUCUUGAGACAGGAUAUAUCAUUCUUUGACCUAGAAAUGACAACUGGGCAGAUCGUUUCGAGAAUGUCCGGUGAUACUGUCCUAGUUCAGGAUGCUAUUGGUGAGAAGGUCGGCAAGUUUCAAUCACUUGUGGCUACUUUCGUUGGUGGUUUCAUUGUAGGUUUCGUGAAAGGAUGGCUUCUAUCUCUUGUCAUGUUGGCAUCCAUACCUCCAGUUGUACUUACUGGAGCAGUAGUGGCAAAACUGUUGUCCAAAAUAUCAAGCAGACGUCAAGCAUCAUAUAGUGCUGCGGGUAAUGUUGUCGAACAGACAAUUGGUGCUAUAAAAACAGUUGUUUCUUUCAAUGGGGAGAAGCAGGCCAUCACAACGUACAAUAAACUAAUACACAAAUCAUACAAGACUGCUGUUGAGGAAGGACUUACUAAUGGCUUUGGCAUGGGUUCUGCUUUCUUUGCACUCUUCUCUAACUAUGGUUUAGCCAUCUGGUAUGGUGGAAAGUUGGCUCUUACAAAAGGAUACACAGGAGGACAAGUCAUCACAGUCAUAUUGGCUAUCAUUAUUGGGGCAGGGACUUUAGGUAAUGCAGCCCCAUGUAUGACUGCCUUUGUAGAAGGACAAUCAGCAGCACACCGACUGUUGACAACAAUAAGGAGAAAACCAAAGGUUGAUCCUGAUGACAAUAAUGGUAAGCGAUUGGAAGAUAUGAGGGGAGAAGUUGAGCUGAAGGAUGUAUAUUUUAGCUACCCAGCCAGGCCUGAGCAACUGAUAUUUGAUGGAUUCUCACUUCUUGUGCCUAGUGGCACUACAAUGGCUAUAGUUGGGGAGAGUGGGAGCGGCAAGUCAACUGUGGUUAGUCUUGUAGAGAGAUUCUAUGAUCCACAUGAUGGUGAGGUUUUAAUUGACGGGAUCAAUAUCAAGAGUUUACAUCUUGAUUCAAUAAGAGGGAAAAUUGGCCUUGUUAGCCAAGAGCCAGUGCUAUUUAUGACCUCAAUUAAAGACAACAUAACAUAUGGCAAGGAAGACGCAACAAUUGAGGAGAUCAAGAGAGCAGCUGAGCUCGCCAAUGCAGCAAUUUUCAUCGAUAAGUUGCCCAAUGGUUAUGACACAAUGGUUGGCCAACGUGGUGCUCAACUUUCAGGGGGGCAAAAGCAAAGAAUUGCAAUUGCGAGAGCAAUCAUUAAAAACCCCAAAAUACUUUUGUUAGAUGAGGCUACUAGCGCAUUAGACGUGGAGUCGGAGAGGAUAGUUCAGGAGGCAUUGGAUAGAAUCAUGGUGGACAGAACUACGCUCGUGGUGGCACAUCGUCUAACUACUGUGAGAAAUGCUGAUUGCAUAUCAGUUGUUCAACAAGGAAAGAUAGUUGAACAAGGUUCCCAUGAUGAAUUGGUGCUAAACUUGGAUGGCGCGUACUCUCAACUUGUUUUGCUACAAGAAAGUCAUACAGAGCAUAAAAUAGACCGCCGAUUGUCUACUCCAAGGUCUAAAAGUAAAAGCUUGUCAAUGAAGCGGUCGAUUAGUGGUUCGAUAGGCAAUAGUAGUGGGCAUUCUUUCACCCUCCCCUUCGGGCUACCUAGUGCAAUUGAAUUUCCUGGAGGAAAUGAAACACAUGGGCAGAAUCAGGAAGAGCUGAAUGGUGAUGGUGAGGUCCCAAAGAAAGCUCCUAUGGUACAACUAGCGCUUCUUAACAAGCCAGAGGUACCUAUUCUUCUGUUAGGAUCUCUAGCUGCAGCAGUCCAUGGAGUGCUUUUCCCAGUGUUUGGUUUAAUACUUUCGGGUGCCAUUAAAGCUUUCUAUGAGCAACCAGAUAAACUCAGAAAAAAUACUAGUUUUUGGGGUCUAAUGUGUGUUGUCAUGGGUAUCAUAUCAAUAAUCUCAAUACCAGCAGAGUUCUCCUUGUUUGGACUAGCUGGUGGCAAGCUUAUAGAACGCAUCCGAGCUUUGUCAUUUCAAAGCAUUGUGCACCAAGAAGUUGCUUGGUUUGAUGAUCCGAGAAAUUCCAGCGGAGCACUUGGUGCAAGACUAUCAAUUGAUUCUUCGAAUGUCCGACGUUUAGUGGGAGAUAACUUGUCUUUAAUGGUUCAGAUUAUCUCAAAUCUAGUCACGGGAGUUGUCAUUGCUAUCAUUGCUGACUGGAAGCUUGCUUUGAUUAUCAUAUGUGUGAUUCCACUUACUGGUAUUCAAGGUUAUGCCAAUGUGAAGUUCUUGAAUGGUUUUAGUCAAGAUGCUAAGAUGAUGAAUGAAGAUGCGAGUCAAGUGGCCACAGAUGCAGUUAGUAGUAUAAGGACUGUAGCUUCUUUUUGUUCUGAAAAAAGAAUUACAAGAAUAUAUGAGCAGAAAUGUGAAGCCUCAAAGAAUCAAGGAUUCAAAACAGGAAUAGCCGGGGGCAUUGGAUUUGGUUUUUCAUUCCUGAUGUUGUACCUUACAUACGGUCUUUGUUUCUAUGUUGGAGGGCAAUUCGUGCGCCAUGGCAAAUCAAAUUCUCGUGAUGUUUUUGAGGUUUUCUUCGCACUGAUGUUAGCAACUUUGGGAGUAUCUCAAACAAGUGCAAUGGCAUCCGAUUCAAAAAAAGCAAAGGAUUCAGCUGUCUCCGUAUUUGCUUUGCUGGAUCGGAAGUCUGAAAUCGACUCAAGUAGCAAUGAGGGCUUGACUUUAGACGAGGUCAAGGGCAACAUCGAUUUUCGACAUGUUAGCUUCAACUACCCAACACGCCCAGAUGUUGUAAUAUUUAACAACUUUACCUUGCACAUUCCCUAUGGAAAGACUAUUGCACUCGUUGGAGAGAGUGGUUGUGGCAAGUCAACUGUAAUCGCUCUGUUGGAGAGAUUCUACAAUCCUGAUUCAGGUACCAUUUUAUUGGAUGGAGUGGAAAUCAAGAGCUUGAACAUCAACUGGUUGAGGAAGCAAACUGGACUAGUUAGCCAAGAGCCUGUACUCUUCAAUGACACAAUUCGUGCCAACAUAGCCUACGGAAAGGACGGAGAAGUCAGUGAGGAGGAGCUCAUUGUGGCGGCAAAGGCAUCCAAUGCGCAUGAGUUCAUAUCAAGCCUUCCUCAAGGAUAUGCCACCUCCGUUGGGGAGAGAGGGAUACAACUAUCCGGUGGUCAGAAGCAAAGGGUGGCUAUUGCAAGGGCCAUACUGAAAGACCCGAAGAUACUACUGCUCGACGAGGCGACCAGCGCCUUGGAUGCUGAAUCUGAGCGGAUCGUGCAGAAUGCCUUGGAUCAUGUGAUGGUUGGCAGGACCACGGUUGCCGUGGCGCACCGCCUCUCGACGGUCAAAGGCGCCGACAUCAUUGCAGUCCUCAAGGAUGGUGCGAUUGUGGAGAAAGGGGGGCACGAGUCCCUGAUGAACAUCAAAGAUGGAGUGUACGCUUCACUUGUUGAACUUCGUUCGACUCACCAUGAAAAUGCCUAGGAUGAGCAUGGUCAUUUCCUAUCUGUAUACACGUGGUAUGCGGCGCCCAGUUUGCUGUAUCUAGCAGUCGAAGUCUAUUUGAUGUAAGUUUGCUCGCAUUUACAAGGAGAGAUUCUGCUUCUGCUUUAGAUUUUGAUUCUGGUUCUGAAACGUACAUUUCCUGCUAUGCGCAGAGCAGUGUAGUUUUGUGCUGUAACAAGUAUAUAUAAAUAAUUGAAG